AUGUGUUCAAUUGAAAAAAAUGAAUGUUUCUGUAAGCCUGGUUAUGUUUCAAUACAAGAAAGUUAUGGGAUCACGUGUAAAACAUUGUUAACCAACUUGAAAUGUCAAGUGGACAGUGAUUGUGUCCAUGUGAUCAAUAGUGCUUGUCAUCCUGGUGCAGGAUAUUGUGCUUGUCCAGGUGGAACAAUAUAUGUGCCUCAGGAUCAUGCCUGCCGACAAUCAGCAGAGAAUAAUCAGAAUCAAUUUUGCUCAAAAUGUCGACAGGUUAAUGGAGUUUGUUAUUAUUAUUAUCAUCAUCAUAAUAAUUAUUAUUAUUCUCCCUCCUCAUCCUCAUCCUCGUCCUCGCCCUCUUCUUCUGCUUCCUCUGGUUCUUCUGCAUCUGCUUUUACUUCACAAACAACUAACUCAGAGGCAUUUAAUCACUACAAACGUUAUAUGUAUAAAAAUCAUGACCUUGUUCCAUUUACUAGUCAAACAGAUACAAUGUUUAAUGGAUUUUUAAAUUAUGCUCAUAACACAGAAAUGUUUGGAUGCAGUUGUCCACAUAAUACUGGCAUGUUAGCGUCUAUUCCAAGUGUUAAUUUUCUCAGAAGGAAUCAAAGCCACUCACGGGAUAGUCAGAAUCAAUCAAGUGUUGAAAGUCAUGAAACUAAGGAUACGAAGAUUCAUGGAUUAGUACCACAGAGUUUACAAGAACUUCCACAAUGGUAUUUUUGUAAAGCAAUUAUAGUUGAUAUUUGGGAGUAUUGUAACCAUGUUGACAUACUGUGUCGAGCGAAAAAUGCUCGUUGUGUCAAAACAGAGCAUAGCUCCAACUUAAUUCAAUUCUCCUGUCAAUGUCUUCCUGGCUAUAUACCAGUAUAUCAGAAACACCUGAAUUAUUAUGAAUGCUUUCGUCAACUUGAAGCAAAUCAUUCCAGCUGUACGCCAUGUUUUCAUUCAAAUGGAAAAUGUUAUACAAUGAAUGAACAGAAUAUCGAUUCAUCAAUUGGAUGCCUGUGUCCAAACAACCUUCAGCCAACAUUGACGACUUCUACACCAACCGAUUUAAUACAUCAGAGCCAUACUAAUAACAAUAAGGAUAGUGAUAACAAUGACAGAAGUGCUGCACGAAACACCUUCAUGACAGAUUUACUACCAACACACACAGGCGUUGAAUAUGAAAUGUGUGGCGAGAACUUAGUGAAUGUAUUCUGUCAACGACAUUUAUUAGAAAUAUGCCUCUCGCCGAUCAGUCAACCACCAUAUCAAAAUUUAGCUGAAAAUCUACACCUACGUCGAUCUAUUGCCUUUGUAACCAAUUUAACGCUUCAUCAAAAUUUCAUUGAUACAUGCAGACUAGAUGUUAAACGGAACAGUUUACAAGGCAAACAAUGGAACCACACAACAGUAAAUCCUGUGAGAGCUGAACAACACCAGGUACUGUGUAAAACUAUUGAUUGGAGACAAGAUCCUACAAGAACUCCAUGCGGUAUAAGCAUUACAGAAUACAUGAGUGGACACUUAUAUACUGGUUAUCUUGCUGUUAUCACUAGUCAAGAACACCGUAAUCAAGAGUCUGAUCUGCUAUUUCAAUUCACCUGUAAAACAAACAACGAUGUACCGCAUCGAGUGCCAGGACAGGUUUUUGAAAGAAAUUCUUCACCGAGAAAGUGUCUGUUUAAAUUUCAGUUUUGUAGUGAUUUCAUUUGA